CUGCAAAAUCUGCUUUUAUGUUGCAGGCGUGUAAGAAUGGAUUGACCAAACAUGUGGAACAUCUACUUUUUUAUGGAGCUAUCGUCGAUGCCGAAAACGUAAACGGCAACACUCCUCUUCACGUUUGUGCUGUCAACAAUCGGUAUCGUUUGUGUUUGGUUGUGCCGGAGUGCGCUCGCGUGCUUCUUUUCCGAGGUGCGAACCACUUGUCCGUGAACAAGCAGGGUCAAACUGCCCUUCACGUUGCACAUAUUGUUGGUAGCACUGCCGUUGCGGAUAUCAUCGCAUCUCAUAAUCCGUCUACAAGCGGUGAGUCAACGUCAAACAUCUUUUUAGUUGGUCCUUUUUGGAUCCCCUAUCGUGGUACCCCUCAGUACUCAACUCGACGUCGAAUAUCUUCAUCGUUGUCGAAGAGACGCUCUCUUAGUCAAUCUUCGCUCUGUAGCCAGGAUAUCUACCGUACUCCACAGUCACAGCGGAGUAAAGCGCCCUCGGUCGCCCCAUCCCCAACUCCUUCGAGAGUUAGCCACAGCACCGUUACCGCUUCGGAGUACGGGACGAUGCGUCGGUUUACGCCUGGCAUGGCUCCAGGCCAUGAGGCGAACAUUCCACGGAUCCUGGUGAUUCCAAGAGGGCCAAAGGGCUUCGGCUUCAUUCUAAGAGGAGCUAAA